GCUGUCAGUUGUCAGCUCAGCUGACGUCCAUCCAUUCCAUAUAACUUCACAACAAAAAGAAAUUUGUGUUUCGUGAUUCGUGGCGUGACUAUCAGAAAAAUCAAAACGGAAUCGAAGACGAAAAACGUGCGGGAGUGCCGAAGAGAGGGCAGCGUGGACCGUGAUGUGACCGCUCGCGGGGACGAGCGCGAUCCUAUGUCCGACUUGAACCUGGAGGGCCAGCAGGCCAUGACUGAACGAGGCAGAUUCUUCUAUCCAGACAGCAGCAGCGACACCGAGGAGUACAGGAGAGACGCGGAGGAGCGCAGGAAAAGGUUAUCUAAGCGAAAUUUGCCUUCAGUCCGCUGUCGCGCGCCAUUGAUGCCUCCCAAGAUGCAGAGUCCUAACACCGCGUGUCCCUCGACUUCGGGCGCCCAGGAGAAGUCGGGCAAGCCUGCGCAGCUGUGCGAGGAGCGCAUCACGCUCGUGGUGGACAACACGCGCUUCGUGGUGGACCCCGCUCAGUUCACGGCUCAUCCUAACACUAUGCUCGGGAGGAUGUUUAGCUCUGGCUUGGAGUUCACUCACCCGAACGAGCGCGGCGAGUACGAGGUGGCGGAAGGCAUAUCCGCGACAGUGUUCCGCGCGAUCCUGGAGUACUACCGCGGGGGCACCAUCCGCUGCCCGCCCACCGUCUCCGUGCAGGAGCUGCGCGAGGCCUGCGACUACCUCUUGGUGCCCUUCGACGCGGACACUGUCAGGUGCCAGAACCUGCGCGGUCUGCUGCACGAGCUGUCGAACGAGGGCGCGCGGAGACAGUUUGAGGCGUUCUUAGAGAAGCUCAUCCUACCGCUCAUGGUGCGGUCGGCGCAGCGCGGCGACCGCGAGUGCCACGUGGUGGUGCUGCUGGACGAGGACGCCGUGGACUGGGACGCGCAGUACCCGCCGCAGAUGGGCGACGAGUACAGCCAGACCGUGCUCUCCACGCCGCUCUACCGGUUCUUCAAGUACAUCGAGAACAGAGACGUGGCGAAGCAAGUGAUGAAGGAGCGCGGGCUGAAGAAGAUCCGGCUGGGGGUGGAGGGCUACCCCACCUACAAGGAGAAGGUGCGCAAGCGACCCGGCGGCCGCGCGGAGGUCAUAUACAACUACGUCCAACGUCCCUUCAUUCACAUGUCGUGGGAGAAAGAGGAGGCUAAAAGUCGCCACGUGGACUUCCAAUGCUUCAAGUCUAAAUCCGUGACGAACUUAGCGGAGGCGACGGCCGACCCGGCGAUAGAGCGGGUGGAGGGCGGCGAGCGGGGCGUGGAGCGGGGCGGGGACAGGGGCGGGGAGCGGGGAGGGGAGCGGGGCGGGGAGGCGGCGGACGAGCCCGAGCACGCGGAGCCGGCGCCGGACGAGGAGCCGCAGUGACUCGCGCCCGCCAGGUGGAUCCUGAUGACGUUCUGUUUGUGAUUCCUUUGGUGGGGAUGGUGGGGGACUGUUUAGCAUCGAUUUUUACGAGUUGGAAGCUGAACGAAGUUAACUUUUUAUACAGAAGUGAACAGUUGUAUCAAUUUAUCUCUCGACCUGAGCCAUGUUAGUGAUACAGAAAAUAAUAAACCGAUUAUGAUGAGCAAAUAUCUACAAAAUGUAAUUUGUAAGUAAUGAAUAAUAUUUCUUAACACUUGAUAUUUUUAUAGUUGUAAACCGCACUCACCUCGUGGUAUUUUUGUUACUGAUCUACUCCGUGGCCGUACUACCGCGCUUGCGCAAACACCUUGAAAUAUUUAUUUUAGCACGUUUGGUUCGCACGGAUUGCCGCGUACCUAUUCGCUCAUCAAAAGAUAUUCAUUGCAAGCGAAAGAGGUCGAGCGAAUCGCUCAAAGGUUGGGGCAAAAAUAUUU